AUGUGGAACUUGCUCCUGAACACGGUGCCAGACAAACACAGCCAAGAUCCACGUGGCAAAGGUGAAAAAGUGAAGAAACGUCCGCCUGAAAACUUGGCGGGCUCUCGCAAAAAGUCUGGCUCGCGCGCUGCUUCAGUAGCAGUGCCGCCCUCUGCCCUUUUGGCUUUCACGGCAUGUACACUAGAAUGUGAAGGAAAGCUGCCUUCUGCUAAAGCCUGGGAGACCUGCAAGGAGCUUCUGCAGCUGACAAAACUGGAUCUUUCUGAGGAUGGCAACAUUGCUCCAGGAGACAAGAAAGAGCUGGAUGAGAACCAUUUGCUUGCAAAGAAGUAUGGAGGCUUCAUGAAAAGAUAUGGGGGGUUCAUGAAGAAAAUGGAUGAGCUCUAUCGGGUGGAACCAGAGGAGGAAGCUAAUGGAGGAGAGAUCCUGGCUAAGAGGUAUGGAGGAUUUAUGAAGAAAGACUCAGACGAUGAUGCCCUGGCUAAUUCCUCUGAUCUCCUGAAUGAGCUUCUAGGAACAGGGGAUAACCCUGAAGCUGGACACUACCGAGAGAUAAAUGAAAAUGAUGGAGAUGUCAGCAAAAGAUAUGGAGGCUUCAUGAGAAGCGUAAAGCGCAGUCCAGAGUUAGAAGAUGAAGCCAAAGAGCUGCAAAAGAGAUAUGGUGGUUUCAUGAGAAGAGUGGGCAGGCCGGAAUGGUGGCUGGAUUACCAGAAACGAUACGGUGGGUUUCUUAAGCGCUUUGCUGAUUCUAUUCUCCCUUCAGAAGAAGAUGGGGAAAGUUAUUCCAAAGAGAUCCCAGAGAUAGAGAAGAGAUAUGGCGGAUUUAUGAGAUUUUAAUACCUUCCCCCAUUAUCCUUUUUGUCCUAAAUGAGAGAGACUGCCUUAUUGGUCAUAACUUAUUGUAAUGUGUUGCUUGUACUGUACAGUUUUUUACUGUCCUGGUAAAUGAUGCAAUCUGCAAUCUGUUGUUUCAGGUUCUGUAUUCUUUUAAGUCAAAUAACUAUUUUCUGUUCUAGUCAAGUUCAAGUCUGUAUUGCAAUUUCCAUGCUAAAACUAUUUUGAUUACUGUAUUCAUUUUCUUUAAACAGGAAGUGCAUCUACAGUAGAAUUGCUUAACUGUAUAUACAAUAAAUUCUUCAUCCUAACUGCAUAAA